AUGGAGAUGUUGCAAGCUACCGGAGAGCUAUUUAGAGUGUCCAUUAGCAUAAUGCAAGACAGUGAGGAGGUGUUCAAUGUAAUGCCCAUAACGAUGGAGGGACGUUCCCAGCCAGUUCCCGAACUGAGAGUUUUUUUCAAACAUGAAAUGGGAAAGGACGCUUUUGGCAGUGUAUCCAAAAAGGUGGAAGGAGUGAGAGAAAUGAUGGAUGAAUGUUACGUACAAGAUCCGCCGGAUGCAAUGCGAGAAGUGCUGCAUGAUUGCAUUUCGAAUGAACGGUUGAUACUAGUUGGGGAACGAAAUGAGGGGAGCCAAUUAGAAGAGGCUGUGGAAAACAAGUUGCGACGGAUAGAGGAAAACGCAGAUAACUCUACCCAUAAACAUUCAAACGAACCAUUUUGCAACGAAGAGGCCAAGUAUUACUGGUUGAAUGAGUUUAAUUCGCGGAAUAAACUAAAGGUAAAGGAAAUCGAGAAGGAUGGGAAUUGUUUAAUAAGGGCAUUAUUAGAUCAAUUAGCAGAAUCGAAGGCAGAAAACCAAAUUGAGGAGGAAGAUAUAAAAGCAUUUAGAGAAAUGAUAGCAGACUAUAUCGAAGAGCAUCGAGAACGUUUUGAGGUCUAUCUCAUUGAAAGCUUGGAACAUCAAGGCUUUGAAAAUUUUCUAGAAUAUGUAAGAAGAAUGGGAACAUGGCUAGGUUUUGAAACCUUAGUGGCAGCAGCAGAAAUAUUUGAUAAGUUUAUAAUUAUCUAUCAAGAGGAUAAUCCGAACCUCCAGAUCGGUGUAGAAAAAAACAACGAUGAAGAUAUAUUGAGAAUUCUGUACACGGGUGAAGUUGUUAAAAACCACUACGACAGUGUGGUAAAUGUCAUAGGAAAUAAUGAGAUUCCGAUAGGUGGGUCUUCAACCAUAAAUGCGGGAAGACGUGAGAAAGAUGCAAGUGACAGAAAUGAAAACUUACAGAACCAGAGGAGAGAAAUGUCAAAAAUGGCGAAGCAACAGCUACAGGAAGACAUUCAUGCUAGAAGUAAGAGCCUAGAAAAGAAGGAAGGAAGACAUAGGAAUACCAACACAAAGGAUAGACGCAAGAAAGAUGCAGAUAAAAGAGAAGCGAAUGACAUGCAGAUAGGUGGUCCGAAGCUAAGUAAAACCGAGCAAGAUCUUCAACGAAACCGUGUGGAAGGAAACAAGAAACGCAGUGAUAGUACCAAGACAAUUGAAUUUAGGCGUGAAAAAACAGGUUUGUUAAAGAUAGGUUCCUUGAAUGUAAGAGGUUGCAAAAGACAGGAAAAAAGAGAGGAGAUCGAUGAUGUUUUAAGAUACUAUGAUGUAGAUAUCGCCGCAUUGCAGGAGAUCAACACCGAUGGGAAAAUUAUAGAUUCACGUAAUUACAAAUGGCUUAUAGCAAGAGAAGGUCAGAACAAAUCAAGAGGAUUAGCCGUUUUGAUUAAGAAGGAAGCAAACAUAGUAGUACAAGAUAUAAGAAAGGUAGGGCAUUCAGCAGUUUCCGUAAGAUUGCAAGUGGAAGGAGAGAUGGAGCUCGUGUUAGUGAAUGUACAUGGUCCCAACAAAAAAGCGUUUAAUUUUCUGUCCAGUAUAGGGGCAAUCGUAGACCAAAAUCAUUUAAGAGACAAGUUAUUAUUAGUAGGAGACUGGAAUGCACAAAUCGGUAAGGAUUCAGUGACCGAAGAAGAUAGUAGAUGUAUAGGUAAGGAGCUAGGAUUCAACAACUGCAAUGAUAAUGGAGAGGAGUUCAAAAUGUUUCUUCAUAUACAUAAGCUUAUAAACAUCUCAUCUAUGAUUGGAGUCAAAGUAAGGUCAACUUGGCGAGUUAGAGACAAGGAAAGUCAGAUAGAUCAUAUUGUGAAGCCAGUAGAUGGAAAGGUAGGCAUCAGAUAUAUAAGAGGUAUAUGGACGAGAAUUAACACAGACUAUAAACUAUUAUUGGCAGGAGUACGACUUCCGAAAAUGAUUAAGAAGCAGUCCAAAGAGAAAAAUCUCGUAGUACUAGAUGCAUCAGCUCUUAAAGAAGAACAAAUAAAGAAAAGAUAUCAUGAAGCAUUAAAAAGUCACGAAAUGGGAAUAGAUCCAGAGAAAGUAGGCAUAAAUGAAGCAUACCAGGCUAUAACAAACAAAAUGAAAAAAGCAUCCAAUAUCGCCAUGAGUUCUUCAAGAGUACCCUUGACUCCAGGAAGAAAAUCGGCAUUAAAUAGACUCAAUAAGGCACUUAGUUUGGCUAAUAAAUAUCCGGAUAUGCUCCCAUACAAGUGGAAGGUGAGGGACAGGAAACAAGAAUUUCAAGCGGCAGUAAGAAAUCACAAUGAAACUGAGGUACGAGAGUUUUACAUGAAACUGAACGAUUUCGACGCAGCAGUUAGAAUACGGAAGUCGUACCAGUUCAUGAAAAAGUUCACUAAAAGGAAACAGGCGAGAAAUGCCUACAUACCAACCAGAUUAUGGGGAGAAAUUUUGAAGGAAAGUGAGGGACCGAGACUGGAGCUACUGGAAGAGCAAGACACAUGCCCCCUAACUGAACCCCCAACGAUGGAUGAGAUGAGUGAAAUUGUUAGGCAUUCAUGCAAUGGAAAAUCGGCUGGGGCAGAUGGAGUACGGAUGGAGUACAUCAAGUAUGCGGAUGAGGAAACCAUGGAGCAGAUGAUGGGAAUUUGGAGGAGAAUUUGGAUGGAGAAUGUGAUGCCGAAGGAUAUGACUGAAUCUAUUCAGAUACCAAUACCAAAAAUAAGCAGACCUAGAAAUGUGGACAAUUUCAGAAGAAUUAGCCUAUGCAAUGUAGGAUACAAGCCAUACGCUAAGUGGAUCAGGAAGAAGCUAAAGGAGUUUACGGGAGAAUUGGAUCUAUACCAGGCAGCAUUCACAGAAGGAAGAUCAACGGAUGAUCAAAUAUUUAUGGCCAGGCGAACCAUGGAAGAGUUCUGGAAUGCUGGAAAAAGCUUAAUCGCAGUAACACUCGAUAUCAGAAAGGCAUUCGAUAACAUCAGUUUGGAUAAAUUAAAGGAUGUUUUGCUAAAAAUAGAAGUGCCAUCGCAUAUAAUUAACAGAGUGCUAAAUUGUGUGAGAGAAGAUAGGACAAGAGUACGAUGGCAAAACCAGUUGUCUGAAGAAAGCGUCCUACGAAAAGUUGCCGAACUCGUCCCAGAUAUACACAUGAUUAGGGAAGGAUCAUUUAAACUCCCGUGUAUACUAGCAUUCGCAGAUGACCUACUAAUUCUGGCGGAAAAGAAAGAGGAUCUAGAGAGGAUUAUCAAAGCUAUCGAGGAAUGCUUAUCGGAAGUCGGGCUGGACAUCAAUAAUAAUAAGAGCCAAAUCCUUAUGAGAGUGCCGAAUCCCGCAGGAGCCACACCAGAUACGAUGAUGCUGAAUGGCAAGCCGUAUGAAGUAAGUGAUGCAAUUAAGUAUUUGGGAAUCCACCUGACUCGAACGCUUGAUCGUCCGGCCACUGUAAGGCAAAGAUGUGUGAAUGCAGUAAAGGCUGCGAAAGUGGUUGUGGAAUUUUGCAAGAAAUUCAAACCCGCAUGGGAAAUUGGACGCCUUAUUUACAACACAGUGAUAGCACCAGCAAUGCUAUAUGGGACAAAAGUUUCAACACUAACUAAAAGGAGUAGACAACAACUGGCAAAGUACGAAAAGUUGAUUGUGAAAGACAUCUGGAUGAAUUGUAGGAAAUGCGACAACAGAAAACUGAACGUUAGGAAAGAACUCAAUGGUAAGACCAUAAACCGGAGAGUCAGAGUAGGAAGGCUCAAAUAUUACGGACAUAUUAUAAGACGAAAUAAUAAGCACCCGUUGAAACUGGCAUACAAAAUGGAAUUCGAGAAGAAGAAAGAAGGUCGCCCCAGUUAUACGUGGAAAGACUCCUUGACUCAGGACUUCAAUAAAUUCAACGAGAUAGGAGGGAAACAAUGGGAAGAUCUGGCUAAGGAUAAGAUGAAGCUUAAACAGAAAGUGGAAGAAAUCUACAAAAUGGAGGACAGUGAAAUCUCAGAUGGAGAGGAGGAGGAGAUAUAG